UUCUUGUGCUGUGUGGAACAUGGCCGCCUGUGUGCUCGGUGUAACACCGGUACAUACUCAGCUGACCACGGAGCCCUGCUGCAGGCAGAGCGCGUCCUGCCGCCAUGCUGCUCACCCAGCUCCCGGAGGAUGUGCUCUACCACAUCUUGUCUCAUUUGGAUCACAGAUCUCUCAGUCGACUUUGUCAAGUUUGUAAAAGUAUGCAUGGUUUUGUAAACAGGGACGCUGUCUGGAGGAAGAUUGCACAGGGCUGUUUAAACAGCGGGAUCACCCGGAACGGGACGGACAUAUAUCCUAAUAUCCCGCUGAAGGAGAGAGUGAGGACAGCUCAGAACUGGUACAAGGGAGUUUGCAAAAGGUGGAUUCUUCUCAGAUGGAAAACAAAGCUGUUGCCAUGGCUACAGUUAGAUGAAGAUGUGCUGUACUUGUCUCAGGCUGCUAAAAUUGGAGCAUACCCUCUGCACCAUGACUCCAGGAGACUCCAGCGAAACCCAGUGGAAAUCUUUUCGGGCCACAAGGGCGAUGUCUGUCGCUUUGUCCUCACAGACUCUCACUUGAUCAGUGGCGGAAGGUAGCUCUUACACCAUAUGGCCUCUUUAAGGCUUUAUUUGACAAAGACCACUUGGAUUAGCCAUUGUGUAAUUAUUUGGUGAAAAUGUAACCAGUUUUAACUUGAACUACUUCUUAAGCCCAGACAUUUUCUUCUGUAAUGUAAUCUGUAUUGGUGCUUAUGGCAAACAUUUUUUAGACUGUAAAACGCCAAGACGAUGGCUUUGGCUAUGCAUAAAACAUGGACAAAACACACAAAAAAAAUCAUCCAUUCAUCCACUCUCUCCAGUUUACCCAAGUUGCAGCAGCAACAGAUUCAGGAGGUUAACCCACACAUUCCUGUCCCAAGCUAAACUCUUCUGCUCACUCUCCCGAUUGGUAAUAGAGAGCUUUGCCUUUUGGCUCAGCUUUCUUUAUAUAGAUGAUCCCGAGAAACGACCGCUUCACUCCAGAUGAAGCCCCAGUCUGUCUGUCUGUCCAUCUCCCGUUUCCAUCUGGCCAUCAUUUGGGAACAAGACACCAAGAUACUUAAACUCCUGAGUAACUUGUUUCACAGCAUUUUUUGGCGUUCUGGCAGUUUUAAUUGGGGGAGUGGCAGUUAUUUUUUAUUUUUGUUAUUGCAAGGACAGCUUCAUCCUGUGAGUUACCACCAUGUCUUCUAAAGAGGAUACUGAAAAGCUGGCGAUAGUUGAACUGAGGGAUCUGAGAACCAUGGAAAGUCCCUCAACACCAGGAGGAACCUAUGGACCAACCAAGAGAGACAACCCCGUAGUGUACAGUAUGUUCAGCUUGGCAGGAAGCUGCCAACCUUUUCUGGGAGGUUGGACAAUUGAGAUUCAUUUGAGCAAUCCAAUCUUCCAAUGUCAUAGACAGGCUCACCUUGGCUUUCCUUCCUCUAGUUGAUGAACUGUUGCAAGAGAAAAGGCAGAGAGCUCAGAAAAAAAUGAGUGCAUCCUAUCAAUCCACAGCAUCAACAACAAGGUGACUUCUACCUUCUUGUGGACGAACUGAGACUCGGCUAUUAUUUUGGGAUACUUUCGGAAGUGAACUUUGAGACAGGAUGUUGUU